AUGGCCAAGAUAGAAGUGAAUUUUUUUGAAAGUUGGCUGGAGCAGACAAAUUUCGUUUUGACGUUGGUGGAUUUUUUGAAACAAGUGAAGAAACAGUUAAAUUUUGACUAUAUUUUAAUAGUUAAUGGAGGAAAUACUACAACAACUCGUGUGGAUUCCUGUCUAAUGUUGGAUGUCAUAGCUGAAUUUGAAAUACCGAGUAUUUUGCUAAAUACACAAAAUUUGGAGAUUUUGAAUACAAGCUCACAAUCGACAAAUGUUGUGAUAAUGUCCUGCCAUUACCUGGAGUAUAAUAAUGAGUUUUGGUUCAAUACAGACUAUCAAUUAGCACCACAUAUCAUUUUGGCUGGGAGUUAUGAAGAAAUUUCCGAUAUUUGUCAAAAUCUCGGGAAAACUGAAAUCUAUAAGGCAGCAAUUAUAUUAAGAGAUUUUGCUGCCACCAAAAUAUAUUACAGCUGCAAAGUAGUACUUGGCGAUAAGGCUAAUGUUGCAGUAGUUAUAACAACUGAAUUUCAGGAAAAUAUUUUGGUUUAUAAAGAGUUUUUCCCUAAUAUACAAAAUGCCGAGAUAUCCACCCAUCCGGAUCAAAUGUUACCGCGCAGUUUUGUUUACUACAAUAAGACGGGCCAUAUUAAAAUGGAUGGUUAUGUGGGAAAUAUUUUGGAAACAUUUGCUGGCCGGCUUAAUGCUCCUUUAGUCUACAAAUAUCCCUUGCAAGUGGGUAUAAAAACAUUUUUUGAAAUUCUUGAGAAUCGCACUUUAGAGGGUAAAUUGGAUGUGGCAACUGGUGUUAGGCCUGUCUACGAUGAUAUGGUUAAUUUGGCCUAUCCAGUGGAAUUUAUGGAUUUUUGCUACAUGAUACCUUUGCCGCAUUAUGUGGCAACUAAUAAGUUAUAUUUCAUUGUAGUAGAUAACAACACGAUGAUCAUUAUACUGUCUUUGAUGUAUAUUUAUGCCAUUUUGGUAACAUUGGCUGAGCAUGGUUCCCGGGAGUAUUUGACCUUCAUAAAUGUGUUCUUCAAUGAUAAGAGUAUACGAGGUCUCUUGGGUCAAUCGUUUAUAAUACCGCAUAAGCCUAAAUUUCUGCUGAAAUAUAUUUGUUUUCUCAUUUGCUUAACCAGCAUACUGCUGAAUACCGCCUAUCAGGCCUAUUUGCAGUCGUACUUCACAGAACCCCCUACGGAGCAAUUGGUAAGCACAUAUGAUGACAUACGAAAAGUGGGCAUGCAUAUUAUGGCCAGUACUCGAGAAAUAAAGUAUCUUAAUCCAUCUAUAGUAGAGGAAUACAGAGAUAUUUUCAUAUUUUAUGAGAACUAUGAAAAGUAUGUGGAACAACGUGAAAAAAUGGAUACAAAUUACGCCUACACCGUAACCAGACCCCUGUGGUCUGUCUAUCAUGAAAAACAAAAACUUUUUAAACGGUCCAUGUACUACUACUCCUCGCAUCUGUGCUUAAAAGAUCUAUUUUUGGUUGCCAUGCCCGUGAGACCUGGUUGGCCAUAUCGUGAGCUAUUCAAUCGUCACAUCAUGCAAUUGAGAGAUGUCGGCCUUAUGCAGCACUGGACCAGUAAUACAUUCUUUAGCAUGUUACAAUUUGGCUACACUGAUUUCGAAGAUUUAAGUUCACUUGAUAUUGAAGAAGAUGAAAUAACUCUAAAUGAUCUUUUGUGGAUAUGGGUAGUGUACUCUAUUUGCAUUGGUGCAUCAUUGCUGGCAUUUUUAGGGGAAUUGAUUGUUAAGAGAUUUAAAACAAAAAUUUAA